AUGAAGAAUGUAGAUUUUUUGAAAUGGAAAAAUUCUUUGUUAUUUUUUAUGCUUUUAAUGAUUUAUGUUACUUAAAUAUAAUGUGAUUUACCUAUUCAAUGCGUAAAGCAUUAAAUUGUUGGAUAAUGGACAAUACAAACUUCUAAAGUACAUUCUAAAUAUAAUUAAUUUCUUACUUGUGGUCAUUCAAUUCCUGAUUCACCUGAUCAAUCUAUAUAGUCAGAUUAAAAUAAUUUCAAACAUACAAAAGAAUAUUUAGUUGAUUUGCAUGAAAAUGGAGAGGCAUUUUUACUAAAAAAUUCUUCUUAGAUCAAAGGUUAAUGGACGAUGAUGUAUGAUGAAGGUUUUUAAAUUGAUGUUGAUGAAAUGAGCUUUUUUACAUUUUUUAAGUAUUAUCCUAUAAAAGAAGAAUAAAUUUCAGAAAGAGUGCUUGUAGAAGAUAUAACUGUAGUCAGUCAUUCUAAAGUGACUACUUAUGAAUUCGACUGUACUGAAACAAUUGUUGGUUGGUUCAAUGUGCCAACAAAAAAUAAAAAAGGAUGCAUGAAAGCUUAUAAAGUUAAUCCUAGGGAAGAGGAUAGGCAUCUUAGAAGCUAACAGAAAGGAAGUGUAGUAUAGCCUUUAGAUUUCGAUAUAAAUAACUUCACAAUCCAAGAUGAUAUUGAUUAAAUUAAUUCUUCUUAGUAAGAUGGACUUUUAUACGAUUAGUAAAGUUCAUCUAGUAUAAAAAAAAGAAAAUUCAAUUUGCAAGGCACAUUAAAUAGUAUUAUUGAAAACAUAGGGCCAGAAGAUAGCAGCCCUUAGAGUGAAUAGUUAGAGUUAGAUUAAAAAUAAAGUACAUAAAAAAGCAAUAAUAUAAAUUAAAAGUAAAAUGCUGAGUUAAAUUAAAAUGUUCAUAAAAAUAGGAUAGAUUAGCUUAAUUCCUUAAAUAAAAAUUGGCAGGCUGGUAUUUCUUCAUCAUUUUAAGAUUUGACCUUAGAUGAAGUAAAUAAAAAAGCUGGUAGAAACAAAAGAAAGCAACAAAAAAAAAAUUCUAAAAAAAAAGUAAUUAAUGAAUCUGAAAUGUCUAAAUUAAAUGAGGAGCAAUCACUUUAUAUGCAUUUUUCAAUAUAAGAUGUUAGUGACCUACCAAAAAAUUUUUCUUGGGAGGAAUAUAUAGAUAAUCCAAUAGAGCAAAAUGAUUGUGGUUCGUGCUAUAUAAUCUCUACAGUAUAGAUGCUUAAUGCUAGGUUAAAGAUUAAAUAUGGUAAGGACUUUACCAAAAAGAUUUCAAUGCAACACCUAUUAGAUUGCUCUUUUUAUUCUUAGGGAUGUGAUGGAGGAUAUCCAUUUGAGCUAGGAAGAUUUGGCAAAGAUUAUUUUAUGCUACCUGAUAACAAUACUAAAUUUUAAAACGAAGUAAAAGAAUGCUAGAUUAAAAAUUUAGAAAAAUUAGACGAGUAUUUCAAAGUUACUGAUUAUGGAUUUGUAGGAUAAUAGUAUGGUAAAGGAAAUGAAAGAGAAAUGAUGUUAGAGAUAAUGAAGAAUGGACCUAUUGUUGCCAACUUUAAAACUAGUGCAGAUUUUGUUUACUACAAAAGUGGGGUUUAUCAUUCAGUAGAAGCUGCAGACUGGAUUCUCAAGUGUGAGGUUGAGCCUGAGUGGAGACCUGUUGAGCAUGCUGUUAUGUGCUAUGGCUGGGGCGAAUCAGAAGAAGAUGGAAAAUUUUGGCUAAUGUAAAAUUCAUGGGGUGAUGAUUGGGGAGAAAAAGGUCGAUUUAAGAUAAGAAGGGGGACAGAUGAAUCGUUUGUAGAAUCAAGUGCUGAAUAUGCUUAAGUAGAAUAUAUUAAUAAUAAACAAUGA